AUGAUAAUGAGAUCCCAAUUUAAAGACGAAGUACCUCUUGAAAAGAGAAAGUCUGAAUCACAAAGAAUUUUACAAAAAUUUUCUGAUAGACUUCCAGUUAUUUGUGAAAAGGUUGAAAAUUCUGAUAUCCAAGAUAUUGAUAAACGUAAAUACUUAGUACCAGGAGAUUUAUCUGUUGGACAAUUUGUAUAUGUUAUUAGAAAAAGAAUUAGAUUACCUAGUGAAAAGGCCAUUUUCAUUUUUGUUAACGAUAUUUUACCACCAACCGCUACACUCAUGAGUACUAUUUACGAAGAACAUAAAGACGAAGAUGGAUUCUUGUAUGUCUUAUAUUCUGGUGAAAACACUUUUGGGGAAAAGGUUGAAUUGGAUUUAUCCGAUUUGGAUUUUAGUGAAGUUUGCUAA